CAAAAAUAACUAUAGUGACAUUUUAAAAGAAAAUAUUAGUACAUAGUACCAUUUUGUAGUACAACUCCAUCAACAGUCAACCAAACUAUCCUCGCCUUAUUACAACAAGCUCUGCUCUGCUGCACAAGGAUGGUAAUGGCGACUUCUCAUCUCACCUCAGCAUUUUCUGGAUUCUCUCCGAGCUUACAAUGCCCACACAGGCAGAGGCGGUGUAACAGGAAAUCUGUUCAUCAGAAGAUAUCAGCCAGCGUUGAUCUGAAGCCUCCUCCUUAUGCACUGGAUGCCCUUGAGCCACAUAUGAGCAAACAGACAUUCGAGUAUCAUUGGGGAAAGCACCACAGAGCUUACGUCAACAACCUAAACAAGCAAAUUGAAGGAACUGAACUCGAUAAAAUGACACUGGAAACCAUAAUUUUGUCUUCAUACAACAAAGGUGAUAUUCUUCCGACCUUCAACAAUGCUGCACAGAUAUGGAACCAUGAGUUUUUCUGGGAGUCCAUGAAACCUAAUGGUGGUGGAAAGCCAUCUGGAGAAGUUUUGGAAUUGAUAAACAGAGAUUUUGGAUCGUUUGAAGGCGUAAUCAGUGAGUUGAAAUCAGCUGCCACUACUCAGUUCGGUUCUGGUUGGGCUUGGCUUGUAUACAAAGAGGAUGACAAGAAACUUGCUGUCGUGAAUAGCCCAAAUGCAAUUAAUCCUCUUGUUUUGGACUACCAUCCUCUUCUCACCAUUGAUGUUUGGGAGCAUGCAUACUACCUCGAUUUUCAGAACCGUAGGCCUGAUUAUAUAUCGGUGUUCCUGGAUAAGCUUGUUUCAUGGGAAGCAGUGAGUUUGAGACUUGAAGCAGCCAAGAUUUUGGUGGCAGGGAAGGAAAAUAAAUGAUAUUUGUAUCUGUAUCGUUAUUUAAAUAACUUGUGUCGAAAUAAUUGCUUUAUGAUGUAUGGUAUGAUAUUUAUUGAGGAUUACAAAGAAAGUUUGAAAAAAGUUAUCAAAUCAAAGGGGAUGCAGCCUAGCUAUUUCUUAUUUAGUAAUAAACUAUUAGAAAAUUAAAACUAUUUUUACCGAAG